UUGUUUAGGUAUCGUAUAUACAAUAGCAGCUGCUUCGGAAUAUGGUACACUAGACGACAAUUGAAUAAAAUUCAUGAAAAACAUCCAGAUGGACAUUCCACUAUAAAGUCAUUCACCUAUGGAGAUAUUACUGUUAAAGCGGUCUCACAAAAUAGUGACAACUAUAGCUACUUGGUGAUGUGCGAUGCAACAGAUGAUUGUGUUGUUAUUGAUGUUGGAGAUGCGUCACCGAUACUGCAGUGUUUGAGUAAUGAGAAUAAAGUACCACAAGCAGUUCUUGUCACUCAUAAACAUUGGGAUCAUUGUUACGGCAACAGAGAACUCAAAAAACACUAUAAGAAGCUGAAAAUUUAUGGUAGCGAAAUUGAUCGACCUUCUGGCGUUAACACUUAUAUUCGAAACCAUACUCUGAUUCAGCUUGGCAGGUUGAAUUUUGAAGCAUUACAUGUUCCUGGGCAUACAGCUGGUCACAUGAUUUAUGUUUUACAAUUAAACGAUAAUCUGAAGUGCUUGUUUACGGGAGAUUUCUUGUUUGUUGCUGGAAUAGGCAAAGUCUUUGAAGGAACGCCAUCACAGAUGAUUAGAUCGUUGCUUACAUUAAAUGAUUUUGCAUCGGAUACAGUUAUAUUUCCUGGUCAUGAAUACGCAAAACUCAAUUUAGCCUUUGCUUUGACUCUGGAAGGAGAUAAUGAAGCACUAAGAGCAAUGUUCAAAAUAGUGCAUGAAAAACGAGGCGAUCGUUUACCCAUCGUUUCUUAUCUUUUGAACCGCAGUCAUCCAAAAAGGACAUUCAUUCAAGGAAGUUAA